AUGCAGGCAGGACGGCGAGCGCGAGCGCACCAGUACACCAGGCAUCACCAGUGGGAACAUUUUUCCCGCGAUGAGAUAAAAGUUUGUGGAGACAGCAUGAGGGUCUACACAUGUCAUUUUUGCUCGUCACCGGUUUAUCCGUUGCACGGGAUCAUGUUUGUGAGAAACGAUGCCAAGGAGUUUCGCUUUUGCCGGUCAAAGUGCCACCGCGCUUUCAAACAGCGUCGUAAUCCUCGUAAAUUGAGAUGGACCAAAGCGUUCAGAAAAGCUGCCGGUAAAGAAUUGGUGGUGGAUUCGACGUUGACGUUUGCAUCGAGAAGAAAUGUGCCUGUCAGAUACAAUAGGGAUUUGGUGGCCACCACGCUCAAGGCCAUGGCUCGUGUUGAGGAGAUCAGACAAAAGAGAGAGCGGGCAUUCUAUAAGAACAGAAUGCGUGGAAACAAGGAUAAACAACUUGCCAACGAUAAGAAGUUGGUGGAGGCCAACCCUGAGUUGUUGAGAAUGCGUGAAGUCGAGUUGAGACGCAAGGCCGAGCGGGCUGAGGCCAAGGCUGCUGAGGCUAGCGACAUGGAGAUGGACUCUGAGAUGGAGUCAGAAUCAGAAGCUGAGUCGGAGGCAGAGUCGGAGUCCGAAGCCGAGGCCGUCAAGCAAAAGGUGGUCUUGAAAAACAAGAAAAAGGCCAAGCGGGCCGUUGCAUAG